GCUUUAUUUGCAGAUAUUUUGCAUUAAAAAGCCUUGAAUUCAAACGAAGGGUUGGUUUGGGUCUAAAAGCGGACGUUAUUUAUGAAUGUUUUGAUGAUUUGGCGAUUGCUUUAAUACCUAAUCCCAAGAAGUGGUGAAGCAUUUGAUCCCAUUUUGAUCCCAAUUAGCCAUCGAUUGGUUGUCUGUCAUAAUGUUGGACAACGUGUUAGCCCUGUCUUCGUACGAGCCGUUGAUUCCGAUCACAAUUUACCCGCAUUUGAGUCUAUUAUCGCUGAUAAUCGGUGUCUUCUUUAUGGCGUGGUUCUUCACACUCGAAGUCACCUCAAAGUCCUCUUCAAACCUGUUUAAAGAGUUGACGACAUCACUGAUCGGUUCCACUUUUCUCGGCUUCGGAACCGUUUUCCUUCUUCUGUCGGUCGGAAUAUAUGUUUGAUUUAAUCAUUCAAUCCAUUCAUUGAUUGCGAAAACAUAUGAUUUUAAACUGUAUUUAAAGCCUAAGAUUUUGAUAACAUGUAUAAAACAUUUCUCUUAAUUACAAAGAAAAUUGUUUUUUGUUUUAAAUAAAUUAUUUCAAGUUU